AUGGAUCUUGAUCCAUCUGAACAACGAUCCAUAAUGAGUGAUCAAAGAGGAAUGUCUUCGAUUCGAAGUGGAGGUCUUUCAAGAGAACUUUCGACUCGGAAAUCAAUGCUUCAAAUAGAGGACACGAGGUUAUCGGUCCCAGGCAUGCUAAGCAGAAACGCAAGCAAGAGAGCUAAUAGUAUAAGGAGGCGUGAUGGACCAAUGUUGGAAAGGCAAGUAUCAAGUGCAGCUAGAGGUCUUAGUGGCUUGCGAUUUCUUGAUAGGGUCAUAACUGGGAAAGAAGGGGAUGCAUGGAUGGGUGUUGAGAAACGGUUUCAUCGGUUUUCAAAGAAUGGGAAGCUACAAAGAGAGAAAUUUGGGAUUUGUAUCGGAAUGGGAGAUGGAAGUGAGUUCUCGGGGGAAUUGUUUGAUGCCCUUGCGAGACGUAAAGGGAUAGACGUGUCCGAAGGGAUCACGUUAGGACAAGUGAAAAUAUUCUGGGAAGAUUUGACAAAAGAGGAUCUUGAUACUCGAUUUCAUAUUUUCUUUGACAUGUGUGACAAGAACGGGGAUGGCUUGCUAACGGAGGAGGAUGUAAAAGAGGUGUUGAUAAUGAGUGCAUCAGCCAACAAACUUUCGGCUUUCAAGAAACAAGCCGGAACAUAUGCAGCUCUAAUCAUGGAAAGACUCGACCCCGACCAACAUGGCCACAUAGAGAUGUGGCAACUUGAGACAUUGUUAAAAAGCACGACAUCUAAGGAAACAUGCAAGUUAACAGCUGAGGACACGACCGAUCUAGCAAAAACGAUGAUUCCAGAAGAUUACAGAAACCCCAUGAGAAAAUUCUGUACAAAAAUGUUCGAAUCAGGGCUCGAACAUUGGAAAAUAGUGUGGGUAUUAUUUCUCUUUUGGGAAAUGAACAUCGCACUGUUCAUGUGGAAAUUCCACCAGUAUAACUUGAUGCCAUCUUUUCAAGUCCUGGGUUACUGUAGCUGCACUGCAAAAGGCGCGGGUGAAACCCUAAAGUUCAAUAUGGCUCUCAUUCUCCUUCCUGUAUGCAGAAGAACACUUACAUCCAUUCGAGAAACUUUCCUUGGAAAAUUACUACCUGUUGAUGAGAACAUCAACUUCCAUAAAAUCAUCGCGCUUGCAAUUGUAAUAGGGAGUGUGGUUCACACAGUGGCCCACUUGUCGUGCAAUUUUAUAAGGCUGUCAACUUGCCCUAAUAACCAGUUCAUGGCUGUUUUUGGAGCUUUGUUUACACAACAACCAACUUACAUGGACCUAUUGUUAAGCACCCCAGGGUGGACUGGAAUUGCAAUGAUGAUUUUAAUGGCUAUUUCCUUCCUCUUCGCUACAAGUUCUUUUAGGAGAAAUGUCAAUAAUUUGCCUAGGCCAUUUAGUGAUUUGGCUGGGUUUACUUCCUUUUGGUAUACUCAUCAUCUGCUGAUUAUCGUUUACUUCUUGUUCAUCGCUCAUGGCUACUUCUUAAUCCUCACCGUAGGAUGGUAUAGGAAAACUACGUGGAUGUAUCUCUUGAUUCCAAUGGUGUGUUAUGCUAGUGAAAGAAUCCUUACAACUGAUCAUACACUGAAAGUUGACACCAUUAAGGCUAUCAUAUACACGGGAAAUGUUCUAGCAUUAUAUAUGACUAAACCUCAAGGAUUCAAGUACAAGAGUGGAAUGUACCUUUUUGUACAAUGUCCAAGAAUAUCACGUUUUGAAUGGCAUCCGUUCACUAUCACUUCUGCACCUGGAGAUGACUACUUAAGUGUGCAUAUUCGUACAUUGGGAGACUGGACAAAAGCACUUAGAGAAGAAUUUGCAAAGAAAUGCAGGCCAGCUGUGAGGCUCAACAGAAGAACAGUGUAGAAGGAAAUCUUGUCAGAAUGGAAACUAAUGCCAAGGAAUCACAAGUAAAGUAUCCUAAAAUCUACAUCAAAGGACCUUACGGAG